AUGCAGCUCCCCCUCAUCAACGCCGUCGUUGCCUUUGGCCUCAUCAGCACUGGUGUGGCGAGCCCGCGGGUAACGGGAAUUGGUGCUGGACCGUUACUUCUUCCAACGGAUGGAAGAAAUGCAAAAACGACGGCGAUUGCAGCAUCGACGACAGAUGCAGCAGCGGGGAUUGCAAGGAUUGCGGUUGCAGCUGUUGAUAUCCAUGAAUGUGGCUCGUUACAAUGUGCCGUUCUAGAUGCUGGGUACGCAUACAUUGGCUGGGUUAGAAAGACACCUCGAUUCAAUACCAAGGAUUCCUUGGGUUCUCUCCCUAGCAUGUUCACGCUCGAUCUUUACUAUGUCUUGAGAUAUCUACUCACUCCCCGUCAACAAUAUACUGCCCAGUCAAGUCUGUGA